GCGUCUUCUCCGCUUAAAAAUUUCAGCAUGGCCGUCGACCCACUAAGCAUUGCGGGGGCUGCGAUAGGAGCCACGGGCUUAGCCUUCCAACUUUUCGACGAGGCUGUCAAGGCCUUCAAUUUCAUUAAUGCAUAUGUGGAUAUGCCGGAAAGCUGCGAGAAGUUUCGUGUGAUGCUCAGUAUCGAGCAUCAUAAAUUGCUGGCUUGGGCCAAGGCCGCCGGGCUGAUCGAAACAGAGAAGAGACAGAAAAUCUCAGUCAGUUUGGGCGCAAACCCUGUAGAGCUAAUGGAUGUCGUGGACCGUAUCAAGAUCAUACUGAACGAUUUCAUCGAGUACAAUGCGCGGUACACCGAGCUACACCCCGAAAGAAGCACCACUGCCCAGCAGCAAGAGGCAGCAAGGACUGUGGCUCAGUCGAGAGACUUUGCGGAGGAAGUCACCAGUCUGACGAUUUCUUACGAGAAGACGAAGGAGAAGGGUCGGGGCUUCCAUUCCAGAUGGCACGACGGCGUUCAAGCCGUGAGGAACAGCUUCAAAAACCCCCUCAAACGCGUUCGCUGGGUAAUGAAAGACGAGGCGGAAUAUGAGGGGCUGCUAAAGGACCUCAACUUCUACACCGAGCGCCUGCGCCAAAUGAUGGAUGACUAUCACUCCCACGAGAUGCUCAGUUCCGUGAACAAGUCGUACCUGGAAAUCGUUCAGACACGAAAACUGACGCAGGAAGUAAAGCGACUGUUCGAAGCUUCUCGGGUUCUUCUGGACUAUUCCUCGCAACCGAGUGCCCAGUCGUCUUCCGGGUGGCAGCAAGAUACCUUGAGAGACUUGGCCCGUUUGCGGUAUCUUAACGUUCCCGCAGAGGAACUUGACACCUCCGAGCUAGAGAACAUGUACACUGACUUCGAGAGGCUUACCAUACAGCCAUACCAAGUUGGAAGCCAGAAACCCAUGGCAGACCUCACAGUUGGGGGAUCAACGAAAGUGGUGUGGAUUGAGUGGAAGCCAUACAAGGAGGAAUGGCUCAGCGACGAAGACGAGCGCAUGCAGAUCCACCCUGCAACGGUCAAGAGAACGGCAGCUAUGGCCAAAAUGCUAGGCCUUCCUAAACCGAAGCAAUUCUCGACCCCAAACUGUAUCGGAUUCUUCGACGACAGGAAACGCAAAAUCAGCAGCGAAAACGGAAUCGAUCAAUUCGGCUGGAUCUUCGAGGUGCCCGCUUCCACAAAGAGCCUCGCUAGCCUGUUCGACAUCCUCUCCGAUGCGGACCGUCCUCGUCCCUCGCUCAAUACUCGUAUCGCACUCGCAAGCGACCUAGCAUCGAGCGUCCUGUACAUGCACGCCGUCAACUGGCUACACAAGGCCAUCCGCAGCUCCAACGUCGUCAUUCCGGUUGAUGAAAAUGGCAACCUUGAUUACUCCCGACGUAUCCUCUCCGGAUUCGAAUACUCACGACCAGACUCAAGCGAUCACACGACCGAAUCGGGUCCGCCGAGUGUGACUACCGACAUGUACCGCUGGCCCAGCGUGCAAGGAGAUCACCCCCGGGACGGCGCCAACCGCUCCCGCAAGACGUACGACGUCUACUCCCUCGGGUUACUGCUACUCGAAAUCGCGUAUUGGGAGCCACUGCAUCGGAUUCUCAAGAUGGUGGACUACCCCAAUAUUGGCUGGGAUAAGGCGGAGGACGUUAGGGAAACGCUUCUUGAGACCGAGGCAAGUCUGCUGGCGCAGUUGAAGAUGAGUGUCGGCGAGAAGUACCAUGGAGUCGUGAAGAAAUGCAUUGUGGCGCACGGACAGGACGCUUUUGGGGUUGAGGAGGACGAAGAUCAAGAGGGCGGCGCUAUUGGGUGGAAGCUGCAAGAGGCGUUCAUGGACGGCGUGGUGAAUGAGCUACAGGCUAUCAAGCUCUAGGUGCAAAGCCCCGAGGGUACGCUAGAGAGUGCGGGUGGGGGUCGCGAAUAAGUU